GCCAAUUUACCACAAGGUUUCUUGAUCUUACCAUUGUGAAAGCGCGAAGGUGAUGCGAUCCUAAAAUUUACCAUAUUUAUACGUGUAAUAUAGUGUAUUAAUAGUUAAAAAUAGUUUAAGAAAAUGAACACAUCAAUUGUUUUAUUGUUAUUAGUUGCAUUUAUCGCACAGAUAUUUGCGGCAAAAGACAUGAUGAGAAAAAGCAUUGUCUUCGACAAAAAUACCCCUGACGUGUUCUACUGCCCCAUACAUAAACCCACUGGAAUGGACAAACUAAUUGUGAAAGCAAGGCCGCUUAAGAAACUUUGCGAAUUCGAAGGCAAAAAAUUACCAGAAUACUACAAAAGUGACUGUUACCAAGACGUAGACGAAUCUGACUUUGCGUGCAAAGAGAAAUACAGGAUAAUGAUGAGGCAAAACCCUCCAGGCUCCGACGAACCAUACGAAAACAAACGAAUGGCGCGUUUCGUGAACGUUGACAAAGAAUUCUACGUCAUGAAGUUAAACAAUGGUGCCAACAUAAAACCACAGGCAAGAAAAGCAUACAGACCACGAAAAUCAAAGAGACAAAACAUUUUCCUUAGAAAUCGUUUGUUAGGCUAGACAAAUAUGGAGUGACAACAUUUUUUUUAUACCUAUUUUUUUUAUUUUAAUACGACUGUUAACUAAAUUAAUUAAAAUAAAAAACACAUUAACGAUACCUCUAAUGUAAAUUUAUGUAAAUACUAAAUACAAUCAAUUUUUA